UCCUAUUUAACGGCAUGAUCAAUUUACACCGCCUUGUGAGAUGAAAGUUAGGCAUCACUGUGACUGGCUUUCAGUUCUCUCUCUCACUCUCUUCAUUCGUUAAUAAGGGAAUUGAAAUUCAUCGUAGUUUCUAUCGUUCACUAAUUCUAUUCCCUACUACACAACACAAACGUUUGAGUUUAGAUGAAUGAGUGAAUGAAUUGAGAUUAAUAUGUUUAUUGGUUGCUAUUUCUUUAAUAAUAAUAAAUAACUAAAUAUAUGUGUAUUGGUCUCAUUGUCCUAUGUUUUUGAACGGUGUUGAUAUGAGUGAUCGUCUAAAGUACACAACUUCAAAUGUAUUUUGAAAUUAGUGAAUAUGCAAAUUGGUCUCUCAAAUUAUAAGUGUAGGUCAAAUUAGUCCCUUAAUUUUGUGAAUUGGCAAAUACGUCUUAGAUAUUUUUAUGCCACAUUUUAAUUGAUUAUGUGACUUAUCCACAUCAAAGUCAUCUUCUCAAGGACAAAUUUGACCAUAAAAUUUUGUUAUUUCAGAGAUAAAUUUGUGAGUAAUUGCAAUUGUACAUUGACUGAUUAUGGACAAAUUAGUCAUAAAAGAUUUAAAUUUCAUCGGACAGAUUGAUGCGGGAUCUACUUGGAGGGUUAAAUAUUCAAUCGAGUCAUAAUAUCUAAUGACAAAAGUUUAUAUAAGUAUUAUUUUAUAAUUUUAAGAAUGUAUUUGUCAAUUCACAAAUUUCAGACUAAUUUGACUGACGGUUACACUAUCAGGGACCAAGUUGUCGAUUCACUUAUUUUGAAAUACUACAGUACACCAUAAGUCUUUUGCUUUGUCUAACAUAACCUUGGCUCCUAAAUUGCAUCUCGCUCAUGCUUUAUUAUAUUUGUGUUAUGAAUCUUAUGACUACCUUACAUUUUUAUUUAUUAUUAUUAUUAUUUUGAGCAAGCAGCAUAACUCAUGGUUGGUACAAUCUCAUCAACAAAUAAGAUCCAAAGACAUAAUGUAGGUGACAUGAAAGAUAUGAUUAGCGAUUUACCUGAGGGCGUUCUUCUUUAUAUUCUUUCUUUACUUCCCAUCAAAGAUGCUGUAAGAACUUCCAUAUUAGCAACUAAGUGGAGGAAUUUGUGGACUUGCUUAUCUACCUUUGAUUUUAAAACUGUUUGUUCUCGUUAUGAGUCAAACAACCGAUAUCCGAACUCAGCAAAUUUUCUCCUAGAUCUAGUUGAAAGACUACUGCACCAAUCUACUUCGAUACAAAGUCUCUGCGUUCAAAUAUUUGGAAUGGCUAUUGAUGCACAAAAAAUUAAUUAUUUAUUAUAUUUUGCUUCAAAGCACAAAAUCCAAUGUCUUACACUUUCACUAGUUGAUCGAAAUGAUAAGCUUGUGGCACUCCCUAAUUUCUCAGCUUUCGAGUCAUUGAAUGAACUGUAUUUAGGACUCAAUUCCACUCUAUAUGUUCCUACUGGUACUUGUUUCCCUCGCCUGAAGACAUUAGCAGUUUCAAAUGUUACUUUUGCAGAUGAGAAGUCAGCUCAACGACUUUUCUCUGUGUGCCCUGUCUUACAAGAGUUGACUUUGUACAAUUGUUAUUGGAAGAACAUAAAGCUGAUUAGCAUUACAAAUUCCACAUUAAGGAAGUUGACCAUCGAUUUUGAUGCUAAAUGUCUAGGAUAUCAUUUUGAUGAUUGUACAGUCAAGAUUGAUGCUGUGAAUCUUUUAUCUUUAAAAUGCACAUGCAAUCCAACAAUAGAAUUUAUCCCUGUAAACCUGACCUCCAUAGUUGAUGCAUGGAUAUAUCUUGGGUGUCACAAUCCAGAAGGUGAACUAUAUGCUGCUAAUUGUGCGAUUAAGCUAUUGAGUGGACUUAGUAGUGUCAAGUCUCUCAAACUAUCACAAGAUACUCUUGAGUGUCUUUACCAUGCAAAGGCUACUAUCCAUCACCUUCCUUCAUUUGACAAUUUGACACAUCUUUAUGUGCAUUCCGGGAAUUCUGAUGGCACUAAUAAAGUAGUAAUGGACAUUAUUCGAAAGACUCCUAAACUGGAAUUUCUUCAGAUUCCUGCAGUGGUACUUAACUGCUUGAAUGAUGGAGAUUUGUUUUUGAACUCAGUCCCUUGGUGUUUCAAAAUUUCCCUCAAUAUAUUAUGCAUUUUAAAUUUUCGUGGAGAUGAAUAUGAAAUCCAAUUCGUUAGGUUUUUCUUAAACAAUGCCACAUUUUUACGGGAGAUUCAGUUAUUCUGUUCGAGAUAUUUAUUAGCUGAUUCGAAGAAGGCAGAAGAUGUCAGGAAAAAGUUGCAACAUGACAGCCAGGGAAAUUGUGUCUUCAAGUUUUAUUUCCAGCUGUUAUAAAUACUGAUGAUGAUUCUCAUGAGGAUGAAGUGGAACACCCAGAAUGCCUUCAUCUAAUUGUCAUUGUUUUCAGGCUGCAAAUUUUGGGAUGCUGACUGAUUAAGUCUUUCCUAAGUGUCUUCAUUCUACCCUUAUUGUUUGUUCUUUUAUAUGAAGGAGUUGGUUUAUGGGCAUUCUAUUUCUCCUUAUAGGACAAGUUGUGAAAAGCCUGAAGUUUUACUUUCUAUCUCAGUGGUUUAGAGUAUAGAGUUUUGUGUUCUGUGAUUUUCUGCACUUAUUUAAUCUUUUUCUGUUUUCUCAUUUGUUUUGUAUUAAGUGGAUUGAAAAAUGUUUAUUAGUUCUUUAAGAACAUUAUCUGUCAUAUCUUCAUUUCUGUCAGGUUAUAGUGUGAAUAUUCUUCCUACAAGUAUGGCAAUAUAUUAUAAGAGCGUAUGUCGAA